AUGGCGUUCGCGGCCUCGGGGAGCUAUCUUGGCCGCAUACUCAGCCGUCAUACUGUCGUAGCACGCGUUGCGUCGUCGUCCCGAGCAGCUGUUUGUUCAGCCUACGCCCAUCCCAGUUUAAUCCCUGCGACAUGCCGAAAUGCUACCUCCAGUGCUACGUUGAACAAGAAGGGCCCAGCCACGGCCAAAUCGACGCGAAAGGUCACGAAGCCUCCUCCUCCUCCAAAGAAAGCUGCUUCACGAACGCCUCCGAAAAAGACAACGUCACCCGAAAUGGAGACAGCACUUCAUGCCGCCGAGACCGUACCACCUAUUGACCAUCUUGCCGAGAAACCGUCGACCAAGGGCACCAAAAAAUAUGACGAGCUGUCUGAAGAGGAGAGGGUGAAGGAGUUUGAGCGCAUGUUGGCGCUGUCGGAUAUGAUGCCAAUGGUAGAUCCAUGGGGGCAGGACAUAUUGGACACACUUGACGUCAUGAUACCGUAUCCGGUUAGCUACACUACACUGUCGAAAGAUAAUUAUGCCCGGAUAAAAGCAAACAUGAGCAACAAGCUCAAGAACUUCACGGCGCUGUCUACACUAACUAACCUAAAUGCCGUUCCCCUCGUUGAUCUCGGAAGCGGCUCGAGCUUAAGGGCUAAGUUGCGGGAAACCAUCAAGGCUCUUGACACUCAGUCAACCAAGCCAGACUCGCUGCUUGCCUCAUUCCGGCAGGCCGCACUAGAAUUUUACCAGGAACUUAAUACCGCUGUUGCGACUCGAAAUGAUAAAAUGAUCAGGAAAUGCACGACCUUCGAUUAUCAAAACCAAUGCCUUGAAUUGGUGAAAGCUUCCAGAACUAAAAACCCCAAAGGACGUUACAUAUGGCAGCUACACCGGACAGUUGACCCCACACAGGUGGUAUCUCUCCGUGUGACAGAAGGUUAUCUCGAAGCCAAGGAGCCGCGAUUUGGCAACAGGUUAUUAAUUCAUGCGCUAGUGAAAUUCGAUACGGAACAGAGUUUGGAGAUCUACAGCGACCGUGGCGUUGCGCUUCACACCCCUGCCCCUGAACCCAACUACAUGGUCGAUAGUGCCGAGAAACUGGAGAAUUGGCGGGUGCCCGCCGUACGGAGACGAGUGACAGAGUACCUCGUUUUGGAGAAAAGAGGAUGGGUUCUUGGCCCUUGGGUAUUCAGAGAACAAAUCUGGCCCACACCUUAG